CAAACUAACUGUUAACCAACGUGCCACCUGGCUGGCCUGAGAUGAUUCAUUUUUUUAAAGAAAAAUCUAGCUAGUGUGGCUGUUAAGAGAGUGGGAGACACUUUUUUUCUUCAUUGAAUACAGAGAGGGGUAGGGACUUGCCACAGCAAGUCAGAACAGAGCUGGGCUCAAAUGGAGUGGCACCUGCCCAGAGUGCAGGAAACAUUUGAUUCCAGUCCAAGGGUCUUGGUGGGCGGGACACUGGGAGCUUCUCAGAUAGUCCUACAGAAGGGGAAGUGGUUCUCCAGGAAAUGAAAGCCACAGAGGAAAGAACCCUGGUUGCAUUUUUCCCUAAACAGUCAUUGCUGGUGCUCCCUAUGCUCCCCAAAGAUGGGGGACCUCAAACAUCUGCCCCUUCAAUCUCCUCAAGCUCCCACUGCCACUCACCUCCAGUGACCAUCAGGACCUCAGCCCAUCUUCCCCACAUGCUUCCUCUCUGCGCUUAGCCCUGGAACUGUUCACUUCCAGGUCACACCUCCUUGUCUUUGCUCAGGCUGUUCCUUCUGCCUGGAAAGCUGUCCCCACCUUUGAGUAACCUGUGGCCAGUCCCUGGGGAAGUGAUAUAGAAAGGCCCACCCCAGCCCCAGCCUGCGGUCUAACUGUUGCAGAGCAUUUCCGAUUCACUGCUGGUGACAUGUCAUACAGUCCUGGGAAGCCAGGGGUUGCAGCUAUUGGGAGCUUGUUUCCAAGGUCCCCUGCCUGUGGUCACUCCUGUACUAAAGGUAGGAGGCUCCUGGAGGGGUGCUGGGGCAGGGAGAGGGCAGAAGCGGCAACUUUUCCAAGUUGGGGUGACCUGGAAUCUGGGUGGGGCAGGUCUAAGGCCAAGCUGCUAUCGGUUGGACAGGGCUGAGCUCUGAGGACAAGGCCCAAGCUCCGGUCCCUGAGUAUUGUCACUGGCCUUCAGCUGUCCCCCAGACAGCCCAUGGUCACGGCUAGACAUUCUAUCCAUGUCACAAAAGUAUAGAGUCCUUCCCACCACCCUGAAAGGUUGAUAGGCGACAUUCCUGUCUUGCCGAUGAGGAAAGAGGCCCACAGAGGGCAAGAAACCCUCCCAGAGCCACACAGCAGGGUCAAGGCUGGGCAAGAAGACCAAAGUAUGGGAGACUGCCCUGCUCUGGCCUAGGGCUGUGAACACCCACCCACCACCAUCACGAACACCCCGCAUGUGCCCACCCACGUAUACCCCCCACUCAGCAGCAUGAGCAGCCCUGAGCCUCCCACCGAGACCCCCGGAUCCAGUGCUCCCACUUGGCCAACUCAGCCCACGUACUGCAACCUUGGUGAGGUCCGUGCCCACCUGCUGUCCUCCAAAGCCUGCGGAACCCCAACAUCCGGGUCCUCCUCCACGGACCCGCAGCCUCUGCCCCCACCCCUCCCCAAGAAGAUCUUGGCCAGGGCUCGGUCCCUGCCCACACACAGGGUCUUCAGCCCCAGCCCCACUCCAGCAGGGAAGCCUCCAAGGCUCCUUCUAGGGUCCCGCAGUGUGGACAAGAGCCAGGCAAGUGACGACGAGGCCAGGCCAGCCUGUCCCCCUGCAGAGCUGCCCUUCUGCUCACUGGACACGGAGCUAGGCCUGUCGCUCCACGACCUGCACUGCCCAGAGGCUGUGCACGCUGCGCUGGAGGCCCGGCAGCUGGAGGGCCUCCAGGCUGUGCAAGCUCGACUCCGGGCCCGGUUCCUGGGGGGCCGCCCGGGACCCUGCUGCUCCCAUCACAGCUUCCGUCUCCUGGACAGUUUGCCCUGUGUGGAGAGCGGGGAUGCCCUCUACUACCGCAUGGUGCAGGUGGACAAGGAGGUGUGGCAUGUCCUGGAUGCCAAGGUCCCAAGCCCGGGAGCCAAGGAGCCCCACCCGUGGGGCCUGGAGCUGCAGGCCUCGCUGCCCCUGCGCUUCAACCUCCAGGGGCUGUGUGGCCUGGUGCCCGAAGGUGCACUGCCCGAGGCGCCCUGGAACGGCCCCGUGGCGCUGGUGGCGGAGGUACCGGAGAGCACGGUGGCCCAGUGGCUGGUGGAAGCAGGCGCGCAGAGGCCCGCAGACUUUGCCUGGGCCGUGGCCCUGCUUUUGCUGCAGCUGAGUGGAGCCCUGGAGCACCUGGAGGCCCGGGGCGCGGCCCUGACCGAGCUGCGUCCAGAGAACCUGCUGCUGGUGGCGCCGCGGGGCUGCGCGGCCUCAGGGCCCCCGCGCCUGCUGCUAGCAGACUUCGGCCGCGUUCACCAACGGCCCUCGGAACCUCUGGGCGCCCACGCGCUGCAGCUGGGCCGCCUGCUCCGCACGCUGCUCAGCCCGGUGCCCUUGGCCACUCCCUUGACCGCGGGCCUGGAGCGCCUGGCAGCCCAGCUGGCCCGCGCACGACCCUCCGCAACCAUGACGCGCGGGGCACUGCAGGCGCUGCUUUGGGGGCCGGGAUACGAGCUACGUGGCCGCGGAACACCGCUGGGGCUCUGGCUGCGGGUGCGCCGCACGUUGCUGGUCCUGAACCUUGCGCAGCGGGCCGCUGGUGGUGAGGUGCCCGGUUUGGAGGACUGGCUAUGCUGUGAAUACCUAGUCGAGGCCACCGAGGCCUCGAUGGGCCACGCCCUGGAGCUGCUGUGGGACUGAUACCUCCCAGAGCGAUGCGCCAGUUCCAGGACUUCUCCAGGAGGCAGGCAUCCCUUCCCAGAACUGGGGCUGGGGGCAGUUUCUCCACAAUAGGGUGGAGCCAGAAAGCCAGCAGAGAGUGCAAGGUGGGGACACCUUCCCUCCCCUCCCCCCACCCCGCAAUGCUUGCCCCUUCUAUGCUGGGGACUUAGUCCUAAGGCCUCCCCAAGAAAGAAGGGAGAUAAUGGCUAGUGCCAGCUGAGGUGUUUGGGUUUUUUGGGUUGUUUUUUUUAAGCUGAGUCAUCUUGCCACCUGUUGGCAGCUCAGCGGCUGCUCAGCUCUGGCUGGGAAUCGACAGCUGAGGUUUUUGAUGCCAGGGCCAUUCACCUCUUCCAGGUGUGGAUGCUCCCUGCCAGUGUCUCUCUGAGUGUGUGGAAUCCCUCUCCCCACCUUCCAGAAGCCAGGUGGACACCCCUUCCAGUGCCAACAUGGGAGGCAUUCCUGGCCCUGGAGCACCCCCUGGUGCUGACUCCUCUAGUGUGAAUGUCCUUGUCAAGAGCUGCUUGAGGUCUCCAGGGGGAAAGGAGGCCCACCCAGCACAGCCCACCCUAUCGGAGUCUGUCUGAACUCACCUCCCAAAUGUUUCCAUAUCCUGUUGUUGUGGGCCAAGAGAGUAGCCCCC